UCCUGGCACUGCCUGACACAGGGCUCAUUGCAGCUGUUGGCCAGCGGGGUGGGGCCGCAGGGCUGGCAGGGCCGGCACGGGCUGUAGCAGGACAUGUCUGGGGGCUGCAGGUGCACCUACAUCCAGUCCUCUUGUCUCCAUCUCAUUGAGAACAAGGUGCACCUGCAGCCCCAAGACAUGUCCUGCUACAGCCCGUGCCGGCCCUGCCAGCCCUGCGGCCCCACCCCGCUGGCCAACAGCUGCAAUGAGCCCUGUGUCAGGCAGUGCCAGGACUCCACCGUGUUCAUCCAGCCCUCGCCCGUGGUGGUGACCCUGCCUGGCCCCAUCCUCAGCUCCUUCCCCCAGAACACCGUGGUGGGAUCCUCCACCUCGGCUGCUGUUGGCAGCAUCCUCAGCUCUCAGGGAGUGCCCAUCAGCUCCGGGGGCUUUGGCCUCUCUGGCUUGGGCAGUGGCCUCUGUGGCACGAGGUGCUUCCCCUGCUGAAGCUGCUCCCUGCA